CACCCUCCCCGGGGCGAUGUCCCAAACCGCCGACCCUACCUGGACUACGGAGAGGUGGAACCACAGGAUCAGGCGGCCCAUGACGGCUACAGCCACGUCCACUACCAGGGCCGGCAGCUACCAGGGGAGAGUACUGGGAGCACUGGGAGCACAGGACUGCAGGUCCAUCAGUCCGGAGAGAGAAGGUCUGAGGAGAAGGUCUGGACGUCUGACUCCUCUGCGGGUGGAGGAGCUGAAGCUGAGUGAAUCUGGGUGGAGUCGGUCGCCUCAUGGUCGCCUCCCGCAGGACUUCCGAGCCGGGGAGCCUCUUCAGAUGGACCAUCCAGAACCCAGGCGCCAACCGGAGCUCCUCCAGCGCAAGGUCAGCUCCUCCUGCCCGGGCGGCUGGACUCACUACAGGAGACGCUGCUACAUCGUCGGCUCGUCCGUGGCCAGCUGGGCCAGCGCCGAGAGGAGCUGCUCUCUGCUGUUGAACAGCAGCCUGACCAGCGUGCGGUCCAGAAGAGACGUGGUCUGGCUGUGGAAGUUCACAGGGAGGAAGCCAUUUUGGAUCGGUCUGUCUGGGGGUCCGGGUCGCUGGAUGUGGGCUGACGGUCAGACGCUGUCCUUCUCCAAACUGAGGGCGUCCGAGUCCACCGUCGGCUCGGACUGCGUGCUGGUUGAAAACCCCAGAAGCUGGAUCUCCACAAACUGCUCCCCCGAAACUCAACACGCAUUCAUCUGUUCAUCGCCGGCUCACUCUCACUGAGAGACACAGUUACCGCUGUCGUCAUACCAACCUCUGUGUGAACAUGUUCAAUUAAUUUUUAAUUAUAUGCGAAGAUGCUGCUCUGUCCAAUUUUUUUCAUAUUUGUCAUAAUAAAGAUUGUUUCAAAAACACAAUGAAUUGGUCUUUGCAUUUUAGAUGCAGAUCAGUAGUUUAACAUGUUAAAUCCGUUUCAAAUACUGUACUUAAGCACUUUAUCUGUAUAAUUUCUUUUUUUAUGCCACUUUAUAAUUCUCAUCCACUACAUCUAUACUUCACUACAUUCAUUUGACAGCUUUAAUUACUUUACAAGCAACGGUUUUCACACACAAAACAAAAUAUCUUCUUAUUAAUUGAACUAACCAACAGUUUGUACAAACAUGUGAAAUGAUCAGUCCAUUAAUGGCCACUUCAGUGGCACUUGAAUGGCUCUUACUUAUGAUAUCUUUGUAGUUUGGCUUUCAUGAAGAAAUGUUACUUUGUUGAUUGUUGUUGCUCUGAGUUUGUUCUCAUAAUGCACUUAUUGUAAGUCACUUUGGAUAAAAGCGUCAGCUAAAUGACAUGUAAUGUAAUAAUGUAAUGUCCAUUAAUGGGUCCAUAAUUAAAA